GAGGCUGGCCGGCAGAAGCAAGUGGACAGGCUUCAAGAGCUGAAGAUCAAGAUGGCAGUGGAGGCCUAUGAAAAGCGUAGGCCUGCUGACACGGUCAUGCACCACUACUGGGUGAAGGAGGCUGGAGAUCCUGAAGCCAUUGGUGAGUACUUCCCUACUGGCGACGAGCGCAACGGCGUUCCGCUGUACAGGAACCAGAAUGGCUUGGGUCUGAGCCGGGAAGCCCAUGGAUCAGCUGAGGAUGCCUUCAGUUGGGUAAUCGGGAGCCUAUCGGACCGGCGGCCACUCUACGGGGUGAAGAGCGAUGAUCUCUCUGCUCCAACCCUGGGUUGGCAGGCAUUCACGGCUCCUGAUCCCGCCCCGGUCAUCCGAUACUACACGAAGGUAGAAGCAGCCCGGACGUUCAAGGACCGGGGCAAUCGUGCUUUUGGCCAGCGCAAGUGGCAGGACGCGGAGUCCUGGUACUCGCAGGCCCUGAAGUGUGGAAUGGAGCAGCAGGAGAAUGCGGAGUCCUAUGCACUGCUUCUGUCGAACCGCUCCGAGACGCGCAUGCGGUUGCAGGACUUUCGCGGCGCAGCCGAUGAUGCAGACGAGGCCUCCUGA